UUCCUCGUUGUCUUCGAAGGCCACUGAUUGAUCUAUAUAAGUAUCAACCAGCCCAGUUUGAGUUAUAGUUUGUCUUUCGGUUUCUUCAUCGAAAUAACUAACAUGAAAUUUCUGGUGGUUGCAACAUUGGCGCUCUGCGCUUCAGCCCAUGCAGGCAUCAUCCUGAAGGGGCCCUCUGGCAUAAUCACCCCUAAUGGCCCCAUUGGACCUGAUGGUCGUGGCGCUGGCGCUGGAUGGGUGGGAGCUGGAGCCUGGUCUGGUGACGAUGGCAGUUGGGAUGGUGACGACGGUUCAUGGAAAGGAGAAGGUGCAUGGGGAGGCAACGAUAUUAUCUUAAAAGGACCAUCUGGUGCCAUCACCAAGAACGGCCCCAUUGGACCCGACGCCAUUCAAGCCGGCUGGGGGGGCGAAGGUGCUUGGGGAGGUGAUGACGGCCAAUGGAGAGGAGACAAUGGUGCCUGGAACGGUGGAUGGGGCGAAGACGACGGCCAAUGGAAAGGUGACAACGGCGCAUGGAACGGCGGAUGGGGCGAAGACGACGGCCAAUGGAGAGGCGACUCUGGCUCAUGGAAGAAAUGGUAGACGCUGGCCACCAGAAUUGCAUAGUAUAGUGUAAAUAGUAUGGAUCGAAAGACUAUGUUGACUAUUUUACAACUGUAAAUAAUACCUUUCGUAACUAAUGAAUAAAUCAAGCUCUUUGUUGAAA